GCAGAAUUUUUCUGGGUUCAGCUGAUUUCUCUGCUCCUCCAUUUCAGCUCUCAGAAACAACGACUGUCUGAGUUUCACUUCCUCAUAAACUGAACCAGGGUGCAGUCAACAUGGGGCUGGCUCCUCCUCCUAUUGCUCCUCCUCCUAUUUCUCCUCCUCCUAUUGCUCCUCCUCCUAUUUCUCCUCCUCCUAUUGCUCCUCCUCCUAUUUCUCCUCCUCCUAUUGCUCCUCCUCCUAAUCUCAUGAAGUAUGUGGUCAGACUGGAGCUGACUGUGUAAUUAAUUCCAGGAGGAGGAGAAGCAAUGAAAUCAGGUGUUGAUUUUUUUUUUUUUUUAAUCGUGUGAACAGUUGAUUCCUAAUGUUUUGGUUUUGGUUCCAACAAAAAGACAGAAAUUAACUAACAAGGAUAUGCAUCGGUUUCACGAUCUUAGAAAAGACGUAUGACUAAAACGAAACCGAGCUGAGAGUCAAAUGUGUGAGGUGGUCAGUGGACCAGUGUGUGAUAAAAAAGGAGGAUUAGCCUUCACGCAGGUUUAGAUCUAUAACCUCUCUGCUCUCUCUCUAGCUGCUGGUAUAUACAGUAUAUAUAUAUAUAUAUAUAUAUUCAUUUUUUACCCAAUCAGAUCCACCACCUCCUCUUCCUUCAUUCUCUCCUGGUGGAGACAUGUUGGACUACCUUGUUCAAUCUGGUGACAUCAGCCGACCUGAUGGUCUGCAGGCCACCUGGUACCACAGGGCCAACAAGAAGGAGGAAAUGAACAAAGCCUUAGCAAGUGAUGCCAUGAUCCUGGAGGCUGAUGUCACUCUGGAGGGCUACGGCACAGUCAGUGAACAGCCAAUCCCCAUCAUGGCCCACCCUCCAGACAUCUUCAGUGACAACACUCUGGGCCAAUGGUUGGAUGCAGUGUUGACCUCCAGAAAAGGCAUCAAGCUGGAUUUUAAAACUUUAGCAUCAGUGGGCCACUCGCUCGACCUUCUUCAACAGAAGAACAGCACCCAGGAAAUUAACCGUCCAGUUUGGUUAAACGCAGACGUCCUCCCGGGUCCAAACACACCGGACUUUGUUCUCCCAGUAAAUGGAACUGUAUUUUUGCAGCUUAUUCAAGAACGAUUUCCUGUGGUGACGCUGUCUCCUGGAUGGAAGGUGUCCUACGGUCCACCGCUGUUCACCGAGUCCUACACCAGGUCCAUGGUAGAAGACAUGUACAGCCUCAUCAAAGACGUCCCACAGAAGGUAACGUUUCCUGUCCACGCCCUCCUGGUCCGCAAGGGCUGGCAGCACCUCAGCUGGCUCCUCCGUCAGUCCUCAAGGUUCAGUCUGACUCUGUGGCAGGGAUCCAUCCACCCAAACGUCAGCGACUUGUUGUUUGUUCGUGACAACACCCACCCAUCCAGGGUCUACUACGACAUUUAUGAACCAACGCUGUCACUGUUUAAAGAAGCUGCAGGGCAGCGCAGCCGCAUCCGGAGUUUCUAUCCUGGAGGAGACCUGAUGGACUUCCUCUGUCCAGACGACAGGGUCACCACGUCCUCAGUGUGCAGCAGUCUCUCUGUCCACUGGUCCCCCGUCACUGACCGUCUGUCUGUGCUGGCUCAGCUCAAAGACGGUUCUGGAGGGAUGUUGGUGUGUCAGGUGUCGGCUGUGGUGGACGGAGGUGAAGAAGGUUCAGAGGCCGUGACACUGGAGGACCUUCUGGAUCUGCUGGCCCAGAGUCCAGAUGCACCCUGGGGCAUUUACCUCCAGGUUCACUCCCUGAAGCUUCUGGAGGCUUCGCUGAUGUCGCUGAAUGCAGCCCACAGCAGUGGGCUGCUCCACAGGCCCGUUUGGAUCAGCGUGGACGGUUUACAGAGCAGCGAACAAACCCAGUUUGUUUCCAGGGUGGAGAAGAUCUUCCCCUACGUCACCCUCGUUCUGACGGGGCAACAAUGGCCGCCUUGCUUGCCAGCGGCAGUAUCCUCAGUGUCUCAGCGGGUGGUGCUGCGUCUGCACUCGGCUCUGCUCCCGGAGGAGGAGCAGGAGCUCCACGCUGGGGCGCAGGCGUUGGACAGAUUUGACGUCGCGGUAGAAGAGCAGAGCGCCGCUCAGGUGUUGAACGCAGCGCUGCGGAAACGUGCAGGAAGACCUAGCACCACUGUGUACGUGGUCAGAGGAACGUUCUAGGACCGAGGGGUAAACAAUCUACACCACUGCUGCCCUCUGCUGGGACAUGGCUCAUAUUUUAAGUCUGAUCAAUCACAGGUUCGUGGUGGACCAGUGAGCGUAAUAAUUAAGAUGGAGAUGAAUCAAUAUUCCUAUAAAUAAACUUCUCUUUCUGUAUAUUUCUGGAACAGACCGAUAUCAGCAGGUAGAGGGCAGUGUUUCUCACCUCUUUUUUUACCUGUGACUAAUCUAAAUGCUGGGAUUAUUAAUCUGAAAAAAAAAAUGUCCAUAAAAACCUCAGUCUGAGUGAAAAUGUCUCUUCAUAGAGUUGUUGUAUUUCAGUCACGACUGUUCAUCUGGACCGGGUCUUCUAGAACUUUCUAAACUUCGGUCAAACCGGGCAACACACGCUGAGAGUUGAUGAUGGGAUUUUAAUAUCCAAAUUGCCCAACAUGUUGCAACAUUUGCUAACACUGACUGACAUUUAGCUGAAAAUUAAACUAUAAGCUUAGUAAAAAAUGACCAAAGAAAAUACCAUCAACAUUUGUUAAAAAUUCCCUUUUAUUAAUUCACAAUAUUAAUUUACAAGGGUAAAACACCCUCUAGUGGCCAGUUAUAAAAGCUGCUAAUGUGAUGGUACCAAAGAAGGACUAAAAUAUUGCACAACAUUGAAACAACUCAAAUUACAACCGUAAAAAGCCCCCUGGUGGCCAAUCAGUUAAGAUGCAAUAUGGCUCUUUUCCCACCAAUUUAACAAUUUAAGCAAAAAAAAAAAAAAAACUAAAA